GCGCACUAUGCGACACACCUUGUGUUGUUGUAGAGCGCUUCCCGCAAGCCUCAUCAUUACAAUAUAUACAGCCCCUCUUCCUCACAACACGCAACACGCCGGAGAUGCAGAGAUCAACGAGCGACGGUUAAAUAUUGAAUCAGACAAACAAGAAAGAAUGAAAGCGCACCCCUCUCGUGUGAACAUGUCGCUGGAAUACGGAAUCUAAACGCGUUGCGGUCAAACACAAAGCCCCCCUUGGACCAUAAUCCUCCAAACAGCAGGGUCGGUGUUGCUGCUGGUGAUGGAGCACAUCCGGACGCCCAAGGUGGAGCAGGUGCGUCUGCUCCAGCGCCGGGCGGGCCAGAGGAAGCCCCUCUUGGGGACCCUCUACCUCUCCGCCACACACACCAUCUUCGUGGAGAACCACCCGGAGACACGCCGGGAGACCUGGGUGCUUCACAGCAUGGUGUCCGGGCUUGAACGCCCCCCGGGCGGUCCAACAGGAAGUCAGCUGGUUCUGCGCUGUAAGGACUUCCGGGUCUUCCACCUCCUCUUCCCGCUGGAGAGGGACUGUGUGGAAGUCCACGCCUCCCUCACCCGCCUUUCACGACCAGAGAGCUACAGUGAGCUGUACUGCCUCUCCAUCAACCCCAACACCAACCAAGAGGAGAGGGAGAAGUCCUGGUCCCUGGUCCUCCCCUCCCAGGACUAUCAGCGCAUGGGCCUGCCAAACAACCUGUGGGUCGCCACGGCAGCCAACAGCGAAUACAAGAUGUGUGACUCUUACCCCGCCCAGCUGUUUGUGUCCAGGUGGGCGUCACCGGCCGUCCUAAUGGGCAGCUCUCGUUUCAGGAGCAGAGGACGACUUCCUGUUCUCAGCUACUUCCACCAAGACACUCUGGCUGCCGUGUGUCGUUGCAGCCAGCCUUUGUCUGGGUUCUCUGGUCGUAGUGAGGAAGAUGAGCAGAUGGUGACCGCCGUGAUGAAGGCCAAUCCUGGGAGUGACUUCAUCUACGUAGUGGAUACUAGACCCAGGCUGAACGCAAUGGCCAACCGCGCAGCAGGCAAGGGCUAUGAGAGUGAGGAUCACUACGGCAACAUCAAGCUGCACUUCAGCGGCAUCGACAACAUCCACGUGAUGAGGAGCAGCCAGCAGAGGAUCCUCGACGUGGGCGAGCAACGCACCCCCUCAAUGAGUGACUUCCUGUUGGGUCUGGAGAACUCUGGUUGGCUGAAACACAUCAAGGCUGUGCUGGACGCUGGAGUCUUUAUAGCCAAGGCCAUAGCGGACGAGGGGGUCAGUGUUCUGGUCCACUGUUCAGACGGCUGGGACCGCACGGCGCAGGCCUGCUCUGUAGCCAGCGUGCUGCUGGAGCCCUACUACAGAACCAUGAAGGGACUCAUGGUUCUAAUAGAGAAGGACUGGGUGUCUUUCGGUCACAAGUUCUCACACAGGUACGGGCACCUGGACGGGGACCCCCGGGAGGUGUCCCCGGUGCUGGACCAGUUCCUGGAGGUGCUGUGGCAGCUGGCCCAGCAGUUCCCCUGCGCCUUCCAGUUCAACGAGCGCUUCCUGCUGGACCUGCGGACCCUGGCCUACUCCUGCCAGGACGGGACCUUCCUGGGGAACAGCGAGAAGGAGCGCCGCUCCCUGAGGCUGCAGGAGAGGAGCUUCUCGGUGUGGAGUCGGCUGUGGAGGGACCGGGAGAAGUACUGGAACCCUUUGUACCGGGCCGAGCAGAGCCAGACCCAAGGGGUCCUGAGGCCCAACACCACCCCCUACUGCUUCAAGAUGUGGAAGGGUCUGUAUAGCCCGGCUGAGACGCCCGCCCCCCCGGCCCAGACGCCCGUGGACUUCCUGUCCAGCGUGAGGGAGGGGUCCCAGCAGCUGGAGCAGCAGCUGGCCAAUCAGCAGGAGCGACUGGCAGCCCUGACCGGGGAGCCAAUCAGCUACCAGAAGGUGGAGGUACCCAAGAGGAAGAUUAACCAAUCACAGCUGCGAUACAGCGGGCCGGACCCGCCCACUACGUACUCCUAUCCAAUCACCAGCCCAGCACAGGACCACGGCUCCUCCCACCAUGCCGCUGAACCAGCCAAUCAGAAGACCCGACGGCCAGCCGCCGGUCUGUCCCUCCCCCUAGAGCCGCCGGGGUCGGGGAAAGGUCGUGACCCCGACGACCUGUCCAGCGACCUUGAGUCGGGCGUGGCCGACCUCAGCGUCGGCGACGAGGUCAUCGGGGGGCAGAACGGAGAGGAGGCGGGCCUCAGCUCAGAGUGACCGGUGACGCGUCCAAUCACAGCGUCCGCUUGAAUAUUAAAACUAUUGAUCCUGAACUCUUCCCCCCCCCCCCCCCCCCCCCCCCCCCCCCCAACCGACUACUUUAAAUACUCCUGCAAACCUUACGUACCCCGUCUACUACUGGGAAUCUACCAUACGGCUGUCUUUGAGUGACAGGUGUACUACUAUACAAGACCCCCUUGGGGUACCCUUCCUUCCGUGAGCGUGAGCUGGUCCGGACAUAACUCCUGGUGGUCCGGUCCGGAUCGGGGUACCCUGCAUACGACCCCGUCCCUGCUAGUCUAAAUACUAGCACCCCCUGGUACCAUCAAUACUAGCCUAAAUACUACCACUCCCUAGUACCUGAGACCCUACUAGUCUUAAUACUACAACUCCCUAGUACCCUCUAUACUAGUCUUAAUACCACCACUCCCUAGUACCUGAGAACCUACUAGUCUUAAUACUACCACUCCCUAGUACCCUCUAUGCUAGUCCUAAUAGUACCAAUCCCUAGUACCCUCUAUACUACCACUCCCUAGUACCUGGGACCCUACUAGUCUUAAUACAACUCCCUAGUACCCUUUAUGCUAGUCUUAAUAGUACCACUCCCUAGUACCCUCUAUACUACCACUCCCUAGUACCUGGGACCCUCUCUACUAGUCUUGUAGUCUCUCUGAUGACCUGGUACCGGACCGCCUCGUUCCCUCGUACUGCGACCUCGUGUGCCCUGCCCCCGAUGAGGUCAACGCCGCCGCUCACUUAGUUUAUCUCUAGUAGGUUUCCUUUGCUCACCUGGACCAACGUGGCGCUGGGUUCAACUCGGUCACGUUCUGUUCACUCCGGCGUUUAUUUAUUUUUUAAUAUUUUUAUUUGUAUUUUUUUACAUAGGAGGUUUUAUUAUUUAUUACAAAGACGCAAGCGAAGCUUGACGUGCACGUGGACCAGCGGCGCACACACGCAGGGAGCGAGGAUAAUCUGACCUGAGGUCUGUAGCCUGGAGGCUAACGCCAUGCUACGGUUGCUAAGAGACACGGUGGUGGCGUGGCUGCCACGUGUUAUACCAGCUGGACCGCGGGAAUGCAGGCCCUGGUCUGGGACCACGUCCUCUGCACCAGAACAACCCGGACCUAUCAGUAUUGUUGGGUUUGGACCUGUGUUAUUAUUAUUACUACAUGUAAAAGAUGUAUUUUAAGCUGCCUUUGUUCAUUUCUCAAAUGUUGUGAGGUUGGAAAUCAUGAAACAAAGUGAAUGGGAUGUUUCUGUAGUUUAUGAAGUAGAGAGGCUGAGAUUAAAAAACGCUGUCUUAAACUAAACCAGUUUUUUUUGGCACUUUGAAGAUAAAAAAACUUGUUUCGUGUCAACAAUGUGUCGUUUACGAAAAGUACCAAACCUUGUGAAUGACGUGGUCAAUAGAAAGCUACACAGCACAAGAAAAAUAACUGACUAGGGCGAAUACAGCCAUUUUACUCGGAUUAACCAAGUGGUGAAUUACUGUAGCUAGCUACCCACGACAACCUGUGAAAAAACAUGUGAACAAGACACUUAGGCCCAAUCCCAUUUCUACCCCUUACCCUUUCAAAACAAGGGGGAAGGGGUAGAAAUGGGAUUGAGCCUUAUCCUGCCCUCCUCCUUAGUGCUUUUUGUUUUUCCCGUAUUUCCACCUAGUUUUUAGUUUUGUGGGCUUUGACUGGUGGGCUGAACUGCUGGUGGUUCAACCGGUUCAAUUGAAGUGAAAGUCUGUGUUAAUUGUAAUUGGUAAUUAAUCAGUUCCUGUGAUACGGUUCCUACAAGCCUUUGGGUUCACAUCACAGGAGGGGGGGAUGUCUCUGACUAGGCUGGGGGGGGGACAAAUGACAAACACAGCACGUUAUUCUAAAUGUUUUAUUACCCCAACGUUUAAAUAAGUGUAUAUGAUACAAGGUUGUCCGUGUCCUUGGUCACAAUAAAGUCUAUAAUUAUCAACACUUGAA